GUUUGACACAUAGGUAUUAUUUGUUCGCUGAUUUACGUUUGGGUGAAUGUUGUGUGCUGUGAACUGAAAAAUAAGAUUUUAUAAUGGUGGACCGUUUAGUUAAUAGUGAAGCAAAUGCUAGAAGAAUUGCAAUGGUCGAGAGCUGCUUCGGCAGUUCUGGGCAGUCCUUGGCUGAACAAGGAAGAGUCCUUGUGGGAGAAGGUGUCCUGACAAAAAUGUGUCGCAAGAAACCAAAAGCUCGGCAAUUCUUCUUAUUCAAUGAUAUUCUGGUGUAUGGCAACAUUGUAAUAAACAAAAAGAAAUACAACAAACAACAUGUUAUUCCGUUAGAAGAAGUGAAAUUAGAGUCACUCAGAGAUGAGGGUCAAUACCGCAACGGAUGGUUAAUACGCACAGCAUCAAAAUCAUUUGCUGUAUAUGCAGCAACUGCAACAGAGAAAGAAGAAUGGAUGGCUCACAUUGAGAAGUGUAUUGAGGAUUUAUUAAGGAAAAGUGGUAAGCAGCCACCAUCGGAGCAUGCUGCAGUGUGGGUUCCAGACAAUGAGGCAACAAUAUGCAUGCACUGCAAAAAGACACAGUUCACUGUGCUCAACAGAAGGCAUCAUUGUCGUAAAUGUGGUUCAGUAGUUUGCGGGCCGUGUUCGUCAAAGAAGUUUCUGUUGCGCGGACAGAGCGAGAAACCGCUGCGUGUGUGUUUACAGUGUUACGAUGAACUGAACCGCGCCCAGUCCCGUUCCAUACCACCCAACCAGCAGCGACCACCAGCUGCAAAAGCAACGGACACGGUCGCCGGCGCGUCGGGCGGUGAGUCGUCACAAGACGACGACAGCGACGACGAAGACGAACGUAACACCGCUGAAGAGAAACACGAUGAGGGCUUUACAAGCUAUAAUGGUGUCAAAAACGGCUUCAGAAAUAAGGUUACAUCUGUGUAGUAUUCGGUGAACAUGUCCAAAAUUCUACGGUGACGGCGAAAAGACUGAAGAAAUAAAUAACCAUUCUUCUAAAGACUCCAAGUGAAGUCCGUAACAUAAACAGGUAUAGAAGUAGAUAGUUUGUAUAUAACAGUGAUUCGCUGAGGGCAUUUUAUUGCAAGCGGUAUGUGUAAGACAAUUCAUUUUGGAAAUGAUAUUACAGAAUAUUCUAACUAAUUUUAAUGAUUAAAUAAUAUUGUUGAGAACAAAUCAAAUAAUUUCUUCAAACGUCAUUUAUAAAUUUCAAACAUUAUAUUAUGUACCACUUCGGAACUAGAUUGAAAUAUUAAAUAACGACAAAACGUUGUGUGUCAACUGUCACUGUCAGAAUUUAUAUUUAAAAAUAACAUGGCGGCCGCACGCAUCAGCCAUUUUAUAUAUAUAGUUCAUUUAUUAUAUUGUUAUGAUUAUGGUAUGAUUAGCUCAUGUGUCUUUGAUAGACAACAAUGACGUUCUACGUUUCUAUACACAUUAAGGACGUGUCAUUCGCAGUGUGAUAGCGGAACGAAAAAGGUAUGUUUAAAGAUAAUGUAAUCACACUUCUCUCGUUCGUCAUGUGUCAACUGUCACGUUACUGCUUAUUGACCAAGAAUUUUUAAACAACUAGAGCAAAUGCGGCUCUGUAUAGACAUAACAGUCGAAGAUUAUUAUGGUGUAAUUUUUAUAUGACUUAAUUUAUCUAUAUGUAUAGCAUGUCAUUGGUAGACAAGCAUAUAAAAGACAGAAUUAAGUUUUAUUAAUAAAUAAAAAUUAAAUAUUCCGUAAUAUCAUUUCUUACUCUUCACCACAAUGGCCUUCUAGUUAAUAUUCGUCAAAUAAAAAAGAUAUUUUGUAAUAUUUUUUCAUAACUUUUCUAGACACUAAUCAAUCUUUAUAACUUAUAUCUGUAGUUAAAGCGAAUUUUAUCUAAGACAAUGGUAAUAUGAAGCAAUUGUUGCGAUUCGUAAGGUAUAUCAGUACAGUAUAAAAAAUAAUAUUUAAUAUUUUAUCAUAGUCUAUAUUUUUAUACUAAUUGUUAAAUUUUUCGGGUUUGACAUACAAUAGGUCACCAUUUAUGUGUAACAAAUUUUUAGUUUUUAAUAUUUAAAUUUUUUAUUCUAUGUUUUAAAUUCUAUGUUUUUUUUUAAUAUUCAAUGAAAAUUCGCGUUUUCUUCACUCACGUGCUUUGAGCAUAAAUAAAAAAUAGAUAUUAAAUAAAACAUAGGAAAUUUAUUAAAAAAAUAUAUUUAUCUUCUAUUAUUUAUAUACCAGAUUCGGCAUUUAAGGUCAAUUUUCAAAGUUAAUAUUUUAGUCAAUAUUAGUGUAACUAUGUUGUCUAAAAAGGCCUAUAAGUUCAAAAGAGAGCGCAAUAUUGGUAAUACCGCUCUUACUUCAAUAUACACGUAGAAUAGUCUCCGAAUAUAUAAUUGUACCGAUACACUAAUAUUCUUUGCCUUGCUUAAGUAAUGCUGAUCUAUUGUAUGUACAUCGUAAAUACCUUCUAACAGUUCCCUUACACAAGAAUAGCUGACGUAGAAGUUUAAGUAAAGAGAUUAAAAUAAAUAUCGACAUCGACAUUGAUUUAUCGAUAACAUGUACCAUAUACAUAUUACUAGACAAUGCAAUUAAAGUUAUAUUAUCUUGAUUAUCAAAUCAAAUUUGCUUUGUUCAGGUAGGUCAAACAAAUGACACAUGUGAAUUUCAAAAGUUAAACAUUUUACCAUUUACCCUUAAUGGUUAUCACGACUACAUUAUUACAAUUAAAUAGUCAUGUGGAUAGUUACACUGUUAUUAUUGGUAAAAUUAGAAUUGUCUUUACGAAUUAUAAAACACCGUUCAAUUUACUACAGAGUAGUGAGAGGUGCAUUUACAUAGAAUAGUUACAGGCAGGAAGCCGCAAAUUUUAAAUUUCCCAGAUUAUGAAUCAACCGAGUCAGAAAGCACUUGUAACGAAUAUUUUAAUUUGUGAUUAUCGAUAUCGAUAGAAAAAAAUCUAAAAUCGCGUCACAUAAUAUCCUUUCCCAAAAAAAAAAUUGUACGUACAAAGUAUUGCGUGCGUACAAAGUACACAUGUCAGAAGUGAAACCUGAAUUGUGCAUGAACCUCUAAACUGCAUAUGGAUUCCUGGUACAUGUUGCUAGGAUGACACAAGAUUUCAACCGCUAUAAAAGACAUUACUAUCACUGCUACCAUAACUAUGGUCUCCUGGUGUCUAUGUAGUAAUACGUCGUGCGCAUAACGUCAGCAUAUAUUAAGGUAUACUCGCGUCAUACGUAUGACAAUCUCUUCUUCAACUAUGAUCGCCUGGUACCAAAACACCGCAUAAUGCUUCCUAUCUUAUUUUCCCCCCACGUUAAAUCGUAUGAAUUUAUGUGUUUGUCUCUUUUACUGUCGAGCUUUUUCGUUUCAUCGAUUUUCAAAUCACAUUGCUAAUGAAGUUUUCAGUUCAAAAAUACAAAAUAUUUAAUUUAGUCAAACGAAUAAUUAUUGCAUUGUUGUAAGUACAAGCUAUUUGGGAUUAUUUUCUCUAUUGACUAGGAUUAUACCAGCAAAGUGUUAUAUAAGGGUACACGUAAAAAUAAUUUGCUACAACAUUUUCAUCUUAACUUUAUCUUAAAAAGUAUUUCUGCUUAAUUGCUUCAAAAUAUGUCUUUGAAGUUAUACUUACUUUGGCGCGUUAGCAAAAAAAUGUCAGAGUCGCACGCACACCGACACCCAAGUUCGACACCCUGACGUUCGCUGGUUAACUAGACCAUUUGUAUCAUACUUCAGCUACCAUAAGCCUCUUGUAAAUCAUAUGUCUUCUGAACCACAACCAAUGGACAAUAAUAAAUUACAAUAAUAUGUACAUUAAGUUGUAAAAUAAAAGAAAAAUUAAUUUCUUUCUAAUUGUAUGAAAAUUAUUUAAUGAUAUUUAAAUAAACGUUAUUUAACUACAUUAUGCGGUAUAAUAAGAUUUUCAUUGGUUGUAUUUAAUACCUUUUUCUAAAACAAAUAAUUUUUGUUUUGUUACGCCAAAGAGGUAUAACUUCUUGGGUGCUAUUAGUUACACACACACUUUUUUUUAAUUUUAUUAAUUGAAAUUAAAAUUGUUUUUUUGCUUAGAAAACACAGAUCAUACAAAAUUGUUGUUUGUUAUCUAAUUAUGUUUCGUAUUUAGUAUAUGUCGUAGUAUGGUAUAAUGUCUAAGCUGUUAUAAAACUUGUCGAUAAAUUUAUGUGAUGGCGAAUUCCUUACAAUACUUUCAAGUGACUAAGGGCCCACAUUCAAGAAGCUGUCAUAGUAGGUACAAAAUUUAUGUUUACGCUAAUGUUACUGUUUGUUGUGCUACAAACUUAGAUCAUUUAUACGUCUAGAUAGACUGUGACAGCUGUGAAAACGUCGAAAAAAAUUGAUUUUAGAACUAACCUCUAUUUUGAGCAAUUCACGUACAAAUCACGAGUGAGACAAGACGUACCUUGUCACGCACACAAAAGUAUAAUUCCUGGUCUGAUUUUAUCAGUUGUCUAACAGCAAGAGACUAUCUGUACAUAUAAAUUAUCUAUGGCUAAAAGCGAUAUGUCCUAUACAUAAUCAGUAUAAUAAGAUGACUGUUGACAAUUUUUGGAAUGUGAGCACGAAAUUUCUACGUCUGAAAAUGAGCUUGAGGUGCUUGAGUUAAACAAUAUUUAGGUGUAUUGGAAUUAUUGUAGAGAUAAGUUAACAGUUUUGGUUCAAGUUAGAUAGGUUAAGUUAUUUAUACUUAUACAGCUAAGGCCUAAUGUUAAUAAGUGUUAACGUUGCGCAACUUAUUGUUUUAUUUCCGUAUUAAUCAUGUUUCAAUUUUGGUUGACAAAUAUACGAUAUUUUUAA